CAACCCUGAAUCCUCAUCGCCAGCUGCGCACCGCGCCGCCGGUGGCCACAGCAGAACGGCACAGAUGCUCACCCCCAUCUAUCAGCCCGUUUCGUGUUGAUGGACUGCAAGUGACAUUUUCCUUUAAGAUGAUGUAAGACUGUGCUUCACUGGUGGAUUUGUUUCCCCUCCUCCAUGUCACAGCUUGGAACAACAUUAUCUUAAAUCUUCAGCCGGUUUGGCUGCUUCCGCACUCAGCAGUUUGGAGAGACUGGUGCGCAAAGGAGUCCCGCUUCUUGCCUCCUCCUCCUCGCCAUCCUCCUCCCAAUGAGCGCGUUUCAGCAUCCCGGCAGUUAGGAGGAGAGCGAUAGGAUGCUCUCACAAUUUCUCUUCCAUUUAAUCCUGCAUUUAAGAAGGCUGCACUAAGAUCCAGGUUUACUGAAAGUUUUUUAAAAUUGUAUUUUUCUUUGUUGAAAGUUCGCUUUUAUUCAUUUGAAGUCACUUCCGCGACCAAAUCGCAGUGGCUGCCCCGUAACAUGAUGCUGGUUAUGAUAAUCGAUGCCUGACUUUUACGCACGCACUUGAAGGAUGCACCGCAGACGUACAUUUGGGAUUGUUCUGUCAUAAAAGCGCUGGAUGCCCGGACUGUGUCUGGAAUCGGGACUCCGCUUUGGGUUUGAGCGCCUCAGCUCCAUGCAGCUGCACCCCACACCCUGAACUUCUGGGACGUUUCGUGCAAGCGAAAUGGCACUGAGCGAAAACUGCAAAACGCAGCCCGCCAAAGACCAGGGCUCGGUGCAAAACCCGCCGUCAGAUGUGGUUGAGCUGAACGUGGGUGGGCAGGUUUAUUAUACCCGUCACGCCACCCUGACGAGCUUCCCGAAUUCCUUACUUGGGAAGCUGUUUUCUAACAAGAAGGGGUCUUCAAAUGACUUAUCACGGGAUUUCAGAGGGCGGUAUUUUAUUGACAGAGAUGGAUUUUUGUUCCGAUAUGUGUUGGAUUACCUCAGAGACAAGCAGGUUGUCCUCCCUGACCACUUUCCAGAGAGAGGGAGGCUGAAAAGAGAGGCCGAGUACUUCCAGCUGCCAGAACUGACCAAACUUCUGUCAGGUGAGGAGCCUAAGCUGUUUCAGGAUGACAGUGACUGGGAUGAGGAGUCGCAAAGCAGCGAUCACAGGCUGUACCCGUCUUACUCCCUGGACAGGAGGUAUGGUUACAUUACUGUCGCCUUCAGAGGCAGAGAGUACCACACUGAUCCCAAGGCCAAAAAGUUACCCAGAAUCUUCAUCAGCAGCCGGAUUGGACUGGCCAAGGAGGUGUUUGGAGAUGCCCUGAAUGAGAACGGGGAUCUGGACAGACCCCGGGACCGAUACACCUGCAGGUUUUACCUCAAGUUCAAGCACCUGGAGAGGGCUUUUGACAUGCUGUCAGAGACUGGCUUUCACAUUGUGGCCUGUAACACCUCGCUGACUGCGUCCUCAACGGGUCAUUACGCGGACGACAGGGUCUGGUCCAACUAUACACAGUACAUCUUUUACCGUGGGCCCUCGCGGUGGUCGUCCUCUCACUGUGACUGCUGCUGCAAGAGCCACAAAAGUGAGCGCGAGGGUGAGAGUGGCACCUCUUUCAACGACCUCUCCACGUCCUGCUCCGAGACCCAGUCGGAGGCCAGCACCCCCCAGGGAACCGUGAUCCACGCGCCCGUGAGCCGUCAGUCCAAAAUCCAGACCCUGGAUCGACCUGUUCCCAAAGUCCCAGCCCUCAUGCUGCAGCAGCAGGCCGAGAUGCGCCGCAAGACGGACAUGCUGCGCGUGAGGACCUUCGGCGUGCGGGAGCGAGACGCCGCCAAGAGGAAAGCACACAAAGAGAAGAUGACUCCGGAGCAGGAGCUGCAGAAAUGCAUUCAGGACUUCCGGCGCAUUAGGAUUCCCGAUCACUUCCCGGAGAGGAAGUACAUGUGGCAAUCCGAGCUCUUAAGAAAGUACAGACUCUAAAAAUGAGCAAGACAGGGGGGAGUAAAGACAGCAAGAUGGUGCUACGGAGUCAUAUCACCGCCAUUAAAGAGUAUUACAAUGCAUUAUCGAUACACUGCACACUCUAAGGCACAUGUUGCACCAGAGAAUACGACUAUCCUGCCAGGAAGGAUUGCAAAGCACACAAAAAUACAAAGCAGUGUGAGUUAUUUAUCUGUAACCUUUGCACAGUGUUGUGAAUGACAUGCACACGUGUAAAUCAGACUGAGACUUAUACAAAACGUCCCGCUCUCUCCGUGUAGAGACGAGAAAGAAAGGUAUACUCCAGGUCAUAGCAUCACUGACAACAAGCGACCUCAGGGGAAACAUCGUUUCAGUUCACCAACCUACCACAUUCUGCAUGCGCAGUCGCCCACAAUGGCUGUUUUUAAAGCGGAUGUACCCAGAUGGUGCUGUGAGCUAGCAACACAUUAUCACUAUACUUCACCGAGCUCUCUCUCUCCCUCACUCUAUCUCUCUCUCUCUCCCUCUCUCACACACACACACAAACAUGUUAAGUAUGCUUCGGCAACAACACUGCAUGUCAUCUCACCCUUAGCAUAAUUAUGCAAUAUCAAACAAAAUCUCAAUUCACUGUUUUUGUCUGAUGGGUGAAAAGAGUGUUGGUGGGUGAGACUAAUGUACUGAGGGAAGCACUGCCUUGAUCUGUUUGUAUUACUUUUUGUCUGAUGUUGUCUUGGUGAGAAGAUUGUAUGUAUGUAGAGCAAAUGGCAAUGGGAUUUGUGGGUUCGCUGACUGUAAAUGUGCUAAAAGACGAAAUAAAUGGGUUAGAAUUCUAUGUAAAAAUGUGAACCUUCUUGGUCUUUGUAAAAGAGGUUUAUUAAGCUUUGAUCCAGUACAGAAACUUGAGGUAUAAGAGUCUGCAGGGGAGGUGCGAUGGCUGCAGGUUUUAGCAACUUAAUUCUGCUGUAACUAUACACCAAGCAUGGCAUCAAAAGUUAUUUUGAUGUUGUUUCUGUUUAAAAAGUUAGAUCUACAACACAGCUAUUGGCUACUGGAAAUCAGAAAAGCGGCUACUUCUACCACUAAAUCUUGCAAGUUGCAGGAUGGUUUAUGAUCCCUUCAUUUUUGUUUUGUCACAGCCAUUCAGUAGGUGCUAAUUAUGCAAUUUCAUGCCUUGUUUAUUCCCACAAUUAUUUAUACCCCUGAAAGAUUCUGAUCUAAAUUUAUUUUCAAUUUACCAAGGAGUUUGUUUCUGAUGGGGCACGGUAGAAGGAUUUACAACCUUCUCAACAACAGAUGCAAAAAUCUUUAUUUGCACUUUCUCAAGCUCUUCUUAUAAUUUCUGUCUGGCUUUUUGAAUGUUUCCACUGAUGUUUUGAGGAUUUAUUGUUUGGUGAUUAUCUCCAAAUCUAAUUUUUUAG